UCACAGCUCAUAUACGCGUUCAUAAAUACAUAUAUAUGUACAUACAUUCAUGUAUGCACGUUAGCACAACAACACUAACACCGCUGUAUUAUAGCCACAUUCGUUUGCAGCCGUUGCGAAGACAAGUCAAAAGGCAAUAAUAACAACGGCGGUCGCAAUGAAUGCGCGAGAAACGACGCCGACCAACCACACGACCGUGAAUGCGAACACCGCUUUUUGUUAAAUGGCGGAUCGUCGUUGAAGCUUCUUCUUGUUGUUGGUAUUGCCCCUCCUCCUCUUUGUAUCUUUGAUGUAUUUUUUCUUGCCUGUUUCUACUGCACACACACUUUACUAGCUCGUUCGUGGUUCGUUCACCACACAUUAUACGUCUAAGCGCGCCGCGUGUAAAAUUUUGAGAAAAAUAUCUACUGAAUUUUCCACAGGAAACUACAGUAACUAGUACAAAAUAAAUAUGUAAAUGGUAAAAAGGACAGCUGCAUUAUAAUCGAUUGUGAAGUGAUUUAAAGGUGUAACGGUAUAGUUUAAAGCAAUCGUCGGUCGGCAAGAAAUACUAAAGUGAAGAAAAGAAAUUUGCCAUAGGAAUGCAUAUAAAUUAAUUUCGUGGCUAAAUCCAAACGUUGCAAAGCAAUCAAAAAUAACACGGGGCAAUUAAUACCUAAAAAUCAAAGAAAUUACACGUGAACAAUUCGACAAUUGUGAUUUUUUUUUUUUUCAAUUUUGCGAGGUCGUGUGAAAUAAAAACACAAAAUUGGCGCAAAUGCUGUGCACAACACUAGUGUUGGCAUUUAAAGAAUUCACAACGUCCACGAGCGAGUUUCGCGUAUAUCUGCAAAAAGCUCUAACUGCUUCGUCAAAGACGCAUCCAAAGAUUGUAUCAACAUUAAGUGAAUUUAUCGCUUUCUCAAGCGGCACAUGGUUUAUAGAAGCAAUACUUCAUUUAACAGCGUUCUUUUGUAUAGCAGCGCUUAGUGCUGGGUGUAAAGUGCAUAAUUGCAGCCACCGAUGGUGGUGUAUCAAUCAAACCAAAGCAAAGGCGUCGAUGUUGUACACCCAAAGUAAUGCAAUAAAGCCAAAAAUAUUACAAAGUAAACCUUCCGCACACCAUGUAUAUGCCUUAAAUUUUGUGCAAUGAAAUAGCGUGAAAAAGAAUUAAUUUUAUAUAAAAAAAAAAUUAGUCAAAAUUGAAGUCGUUAUAUAAAAAUUAUAAAUUAAAUAAAUGCUACGAGUGUGCAUAAUACCUAAAACUCCGACUGAGCAUCCAUAUAUUCUCCAAUAUAGCCGGUUUGCGAAAAAUUGAAAACAAAUAAUUGUCUUCCUUGAAAACGAGUACGCGAAUGCGCUGUAAAUUUGUCGUGCUAUUUGAAUAAAAAAUUUAGCAUAUUAGUCAAAAAUAGUGUGACCCUUUCCAUAUCCUUAUAUCGCGCGCUUUUGUAAUCGUGAAUAUACGCAAGCACACAAUCGCCCACCAGAAUGUCAGAGCAUGGCGCGUGGGGCAACCGCCAAGCGACCGCAGCCGAGGCCGCCCUUUGGUGGCCUGGUGCGCUCGCGGCGGCCGCGUCACAACAACAACAGCAACAACAACAACAAACCAUUGAUCAGCAAACUCUUCAACACUAUCAGCAGCAGUUGGCUGCGCAGCAACAGCAGCAGGCAGUGCAACAGCAACAAUUACAGCAACAGCAGGCCCAUCAAGUGGUCGUGCAACAAAAUCAACAGCAAGCACAUCAAAAUAAUGCCAACACCACUUCUGGUGUAGGCACUCAACAGUUAUUUACCUAUAAAAUGGCCAGUAGCUUCCCAAAUCCAGCCACGACCAUGGCACAGGUGGUCGCUACCUCAAAUGCGGCCGGUUCUACCGGCUACGACUAUCGUCUUAAUAUGGCACAAGCAGCUGCAGCGGCAGCGGUACCCGGUUCACAGUGGUGGUAUUCGGCUGCGAAUUCUGGACAGAUAGAUGCUAAUACCGCCGCACAGUUGCAACAGCAACAACAACAGCAGCAACAACAGGCACAGCAACAGCAGCAACAGCAACAGCAGCAGCAGCAACAACAGCAAGCGGCACAACAGCAACAGCAGCAGGCUCAACAGGCACAGCAGCAGCAACAACAGCACCAGCAGCAACAGCAACAACAAUUGCAGCAACAGCAACAGAAUGCCACAGCGAGCACGAUGAUUCGUGGCGCUAAAGCUGAUGCGAAACCCCGAGGCCGUAUGACCGCGUACGCAUUCUUUGUACAAACAUGCCGAGAGGAGCACAAGAAGAAGCACCCCGAUGAGACAGUGAUCUUUGCUGAAUUCUCCCGAAAGUGCGCUGAGCGAUGGAAGACAAUGGUGGACAAGGAGAAGAAGCGCUUCCACGAGAUGGCCGAAAAAGAUAAGGCGCGAUAUGAAAUGGAAAUGCAAAAUUAUGUGCCACCCAAAGGCACCGUGGUCGGACGUGGCAAGAAGAGGAAAAUGAUUAAGGACCCGAAUGCGCCGAAAAGAUCAUUAUCUGCAUUCUUCUGGUUUUGCAAUGAUGAACGCAACAAAGUUAAAGCUGCGAAUCCUGAAUAUGGUGUAGGUGAUAUUGCCAAGGAGCUUGGCCGCAAAUGGUCCGAUGUGGAUCCAGAGGUUAAACAAAAGUACGAACUAAUGGCUGAGAAGGAUAAGGCGCGCUAUGAACGGGAAAUGACCGAGUACAAAACCAGCGGGAAAAUACCGAUGUCCGCGCCCUCAAUGCAAGCACAAGCGGCUGCAGCGCAGAAAGCCGCGUUACUCGCCGCCAGUUCGCAGCAGCAUGAGGAGCAUGGCGAUGAUGAUGGCGAUGGCGAUGAUGAUGAAAAUCAAUAGAUUUAAGCAAACAAAAAAUUGAAAAAAGAAAAGGAGCAUAAGAUAAAAACAAAAAAGAAACAAAAAAAAAAAAAAAUGAAAGAAUUAACAAUUUUCCACACAAGAAAUGGAACUUAUAUAACGUAAUUUUUAAGUGAGAAAAACAAGAAAAAUAUUCAAGGAGAUAAGAAGCAACCAGAAAGAAACAAAUCAUAAAUACAAUGAACCGACGAAAAUUAAAAGCAAAAUAUGAAAUUUAACAGGGAGAAUGUACAUGCAAAACUCGACUUAAUAAAAAACGCGCAGUAUAUGUAUAUGAAUGCUAUGUAUGCUAUGCUGCAAAUACAAACUCAAAGCUAAAAAGUAGAUGUAGCUCCAACCAACAACUAUCAAGGAAAUCAAUAUAUACGAUGCAGUACUACAAACAACAAUACUUAAAAACAAACAACACAGCUUUUAAAACCUAUGCGUGCGUAUAUUUAUAUGCAUGUUAUUAAAUUUUCAUAAAAUCAACAAACAACCGAACCGAGUUUGCUUAAAUAAAACUUAAAAUUUACUCCACGAACUAACCUUCCAUGUGAUGCUCAUUCUAAGUGGCGACAUGCACACACACACACACACUCGCAGUUACCAUAGCAGCAAAAAGGAAAAUAGAAAAAGAGUAAAAUUAUAAUUUCUGCAGCAGAGUAGAGUAAUAAUAAAGGCAUCUUUGAAUAAUAACGGCAAACAACUCAGAUACGAUUAUUUUAUAUUAUUUUGUUUCACGUAUUUUUAUUUUUAUUAUACCAUUAGCAAUAAACGUUACGAUUAAAGAGAGACACUCAUAGUUUAGGGGCAAAUAAGAAGCGAAGAGAAAAUAUGAUGAGGCCAAUUUUUCAUUCCUUUUCUUCUGGAGCGAUACAAGUUAGUGCACGUCUGACUCAAAACAUGAACGCAUUAGAAAUUAUUAUUAUUUUUUGAUUCGCUGAUAGAGUUGCGAUUAUUGGCAGAUUAUUUUAUUUUUCAACAAUUAGCAGUUAAUAUAUUUACACAGACAAAACAAUCAAUAAAAGAAAUAAAGAAAUUGUAAUAUUAAA